AUGUCAAAGUUUCCAGAAGUACAAGGUGGAGGUUCGUUGAUACUCGCUUGGCAAAUUAAAGACAAGCACGUGCUAGUCGUAGGUGGCGGAGAGGUUGCUGCAGGACGCAUCCUCCACGCUCUCAAUGCCGAUGCCCGGGUCACUGUUGUUUGUCCGGCCUCUGGACUAAACGAAGAAGUGGCCUUCAGAGUGAAAGAAAAGCAAGUCACACAUGUUGAUCGAAACUUUGAGCCAUCCGACCUCGAUAAUGUGGACAUGGUCCUCUGUGCCAUCGACGACCCAGAGGCUUCAACACAAGUCUGGAAACUCUGCAAGGAGAGGCGAAUUAUUGCCAACAUCGCUGAUGUCCCGCCCGAAUGCGAUUUUUAUUUUGGGAGUGUUCACCGCGAUGGGCCAUUGCAGGUCAUGGUCAGCACAAACGGGAACGGGCCCAAGCUAGCUAGUAUUGUGCGCAAAAAGAUCGCGGAGACUUUGCCAGCGAACAUGGGGGCAGCCAUUGAGAAUGUGGGAAAGCUACGGAAGAAACUCCGGGAGGUUGCGCCGCAUCCUGACCAAGGCCCCAAGAGAAUGAAAUGGAUGUCUGGUGUCUGCGAAACAUGGACCCUCGAUGAGCUUGUACAGAUGACCGAAAAGGAUAUGGACAGCGUAUUAUCCUUUUACGAGUCGGGUAAGAUCCCAACUGUAGAGGAAGUACAGAAUAAAUAA